AUGGACUUCGAUCCACUUUCAUUCUUUGAACCGGAGCCCAAAAUUGCGAUUCAAAAUACAGACAACGAAAACGUUGGAAAAUUGCACAAUAAUGAUAUAACUGAAGUCGGAGGGAACUCAAGUGAAACAUCAGAAGAAACAGGUGCUCGCAAGAAUGAAGAUUGUGCUUCAGGAGAAAAAGAUGGCACAGUACGACUGCAGGUACUUGAUCUUCCGAUAGUCAACACAAGUCUACCAGCUGGGGUUCUCUCCACGCUUUUAAAACUUUUCGAGCCUGAUCAAACUAAGAAUUUUGGUCCAGCCUCUCAAGCUACACAUCCAACCUCGGCACAAAUGACAAUGCUUGAACUUGAAAAGUACCUUUCCUGCAAAAGAAUUACUACAUUGCAACUUGAAGAGUUGUCAAACUUCUUGAAGCGCAAUAUCCAAUCGACUUUGACAUUAACAUAUCUUCCUAAACAAGAUCACACUGGAAUAACGUCUUUCCUGACCAAGGUCAUAUCCUUUCCCUUUUUGAACUACACAGAAGAAGAAAGGGACAGUAUAUACAACUUAGCCUCGCAUGUAAUGACGGCUAACUCCUCACCUGCUCUCAAGGGUGAUACGACCAGAGUCGUGGAAAUUGAAGGGUUAUCGAAAGACAUCUUGCUCUAUGAACCAGCAUUGACUGAAGAUAAGAUAGGUAACAUAACGUGGGGAGCAUCUUUAGAACUAGCGAAACAGAUUGUUAAAGACAAAACGUCUGUAUGGCUUCCAAAACCUGCAGCAGCUAUGAUGACUCCGAUUUUAGAACUUGGUGCGGGAACGGGGUUGGUAACUAUUGUUUUAGGAUUACUUGGUUACAGAGUAGUUUCUACAGACUUGCCUGAAAUUGUGGAUAACUUGACAAGAAAUAUCGAGCUAAACCAAUUAGAAUUUGUGAAAUCGAGUCCAGCGGAAAAGAUAGUAACUGAUUCAUUGGUACAUGUAACGUCUCUCGAUUGGAGAGCGCCUAAUGAAUUUCUGGAUAGGACAAUGUGCCUCAACGGUUAUGAAACCGUUCUUUUGUCGGACCCAGUAUAUUCAACGUCUCAUCCUUACUGGGUGAGAGAUGCAGUUUCUGCAGUUUUGUCCCAAUCCGAAAAUGCUCAUGUGGUAUUCAUGGUGGGACGACGUGACAGGUUUGAAGAUGUCAGGGAGUGUUUAUGGCAGCUUAUUUCUGAUCUAGGACUCAAGCUGAUAUUAUCACGAAUCGUAGACGGAUAUGAUGAUUAUGGGGUGUUGCAGUAUGAUUAUAAGGUAUACGGAAGGAAAGACCAGUAG